AUGCCUUGCACAAAUUUCAUCGAAUAUUCAUCAUUCUUCAUCACGCACUUGUGGUAAACAGACAAACGCGAAGAAACACAUUUAAAAACGAAAACAACUUGCGAUUAGUGUAUAAAACUAUUUUUAAACAAAUUAGUGACAAUAAUAAAAGCACAUAUUUGUGAAAUACAGUUUGAGCAGUGAAAUAAAAAGCGCAGAAAUGCUAGCACGUCGCUCAAUCGUUGGAGUACAAGCGUUGAAACAACAUUGUCGCAAAAUGUCGCAAGUCGGUGAAUUGGGUAGCGGCGCAGGCAAGGGUGGCGGCGGUGGUGGUUCCAUACGCGAGGCAGGCGGCUCUUUCGGCAAGAUGGAGGCAGCACGCGAGGAGGAAUUUUUCUACAAGCAGCAAAAGGAACAGCUGAAGAAUCUGAAGACCAAAAGCGACGACGCACCAAAGAAUACAAAUGCCACUGCACAACCGGCGAAAUAGUGAAAUGCUACAAAAAGGCGAAAAAUAAUGAUUUGAGAAACUAUUUUGGAACAACGCCAAUUGGUGUUUGUGUCCCCAAUAUUUUACACGUAUUUUAUAGUUGAAAGCGUUGUUUUUACUUAUAAUACCAAAGAGUUCAAUAUGGUAUUUUGUUAAUUAUAUUUAUUUACCCUAAUAUAUACACGAAUUGAAAAAAAUAUUUAUACGUACUUCCUAA